AUGGAGAUGCAGAGUUCCGACAAGAGCCCCGGCAAGCAGGGCUCGCCCUCAGGGCCCCUAGGUGUAUCCAUUCCCGAUGCCGCAGAGCAUUCUCUCAAGGAAGCCAUUCUCAGCACCGCAGGGCUCUCUCUCAGCGAAGGCGCUCCAAACGUAGCAGAGCACUCUUUCGACACAGAAGCUCAAAACGUCGCAUGGCAAUCUCUCAACAUAGGCGAUCAAAGCUUCGCAGGGCACUCUCUCAACAUAGACACUCCGAGCGUGGCAGAGGACUCUCUCAACUCAGACGCUGCGAGUGAAGCAGAGAACUCUCUCAACUCAGACGCUGCAAGAGCAGCGGAGUCAUCGCCCUUGAGCGAAAGCGACGAGAUCUACCAGAAGGCGAAAGCCAUACUCGACAAGAUUCCUGUAGAGCGAUACUAUCACCAGAGGGACCUGUCAGCCUGGCGGAGGGGCCUCAUGCCCGAGCACGAUGAAGCCAUGAAGUCCGACCCAACGCUUCAGGGACUCGAUCGUGGUCAGUUUGACCCACCGCAAUCACGUAGAGUGGCUCCAACUCAGAUGCCACCACCUCCUCCUCCAAGUCGCGCUGAAAUGCGCGCGGCGUCGAGGAAUUCCUACACCAUCCAGGAACGCGUAGCGUUGAAGUCGAGAGUCGUAGACGAGCACCCUCCGGCGACGAGAGCAUUGAUGAGGCAGUCAAACGGCAGGGAAGACCGCCCGACAGUGGAUCCGGCAGACAUGGGAGUACAUCAUACCGUGGUUAGAACAAGGGCUCGACCGUCGAUGAGGCCGCCAGUGCUGCCGCCGACACGAUCGGCAACUCAGCCGUCAUUCGAGUCUUCGAGCCGCCCACCAAUGGCUCCGCCAGGCCCAAGCAGAUCGUCAUCCAGAGGACCUUCGCCGUACCCAUCCCACGAGGGCGCCGCUGCUGGUGGCGUCGAGGAUUCCAGCAGCGAAGCGACGCAAGUCACAGGCCCAGCCUGGGCGAAAAUUAGUGGUCCCUCACCUGCCCUUCAAUCCAUUUUGGCUGGAAUUGAGGCUGCACGGACGGGUGGGCGUGGUCCUCCUGUCAAAAGCACGACUCCCUUUCGGGCUCAGGACGCCAUUGCUGCCACAGCACGCGUCCAAUCAAGACCGAUAGUUGAGGGUCUCGCUGGAGAGAACAGACAUCGCACCUACCCAUCCACAUCUGCGCCUCCACCCCACCGCGAUCCAUUCCUGGCAGACAAUCGGGCCGCAAUACCAAGGGCUCUUUCGGAAGACUCGGCUCCAGUUCAAACACCAAGAAAGGUCAUUCCAGUUCCAGUUUCUCAUUUUGUGAAGAUUGCGGAGGCUCUCCGGGAAAAGGAGCGACGCAUGGCCAUUAUUGAAGAACAAACGCGCCGCAACCUCGCUGAUAUGACGAUCUCUUCUUCUCUGGAGCCGUACAACGGAUCUACUCGGAACAAUGUUGGCACCAUGUAUGUUGACAGACACCGAAUGAGGAAUGCCGCGCGGCUGAGUAUGUCCACUCCGAUUGCCGCGGCCACCAGGAGCGACAGUCCCGAGGAGGAUCUGGACGCAGUCGAAGCCUUGUACCAGCGAGACCAGUCGCCCCGCAGCACGCGCGGCGCAUUCGAGCGAGACGAUCCCAUCGACCAUCGCCUCGCGACGAUCAAUCCGGCCAACCUCUUGAUCAGAAGUCUCCCACCAAGAGCCGGACACACUUAUCCGAGUGGUGUCCAGAACAGCAGCUUCGGGAUGGACACACCGUACGAUCUCGAGGCCGACGAGUUUGAAUCGGUCUUUCCGCCGCGCGACAUGUCUUCGGUGGAGACUCAGCAGGCUACCGGCCGUAAGAGGAAGGCUACUAGCCCUCUGCCUCUGAGCCCCCCGCGGCAGGCCAAGGCCAAGCAGAGUGAGGCUCAAGACAUACCAGGUGACUACAAUGCUAUCCCUGUCAAUUGA